AUGCACUCCACGGACUUCAGCUCCCAAGAGACUUCGCCGGAAAACCGACCGUGGCAUGACCACCCCCACUGGAAGAAGAUCAAGAGCAAAGUCCCAGCGCCGGUCGCUGCUCGCACCCGCAAGGUGUCACAGUGGUUUCGCGGGCCCGAAUCUGCAAAGCCCAAUCGCAUAACGCCCCUCUUCGAGCCUAUCCAAAUCUUCCACAUCCGCCUCUUUUCGCGACUUCCUACAUUUGCGCGGGGAUGCAUCUUUGUAUGCGCGUUUAUGCUAUGGCUUGUUAUAUUCGGCGUGAUCCUUAGCAAGGACAGUCUUCCCUCGGACAUUGGGGGGUUUGGUCCUCCGGUCCGGCUUUCGUGUACUGCCAGGCUUUGGCCUAACGGCCAAAGCUGCGGACUCAACGGCGUCAAUUGCCUUCCCUUCGACGAUGCGAGCUUUGCGUUUACGUGCCCAGCCGAUUGCGCCGGAGUUCAAGUGCUGAAUCCAUACACGAUCGGCGAUACAUCGAUCAACUACCGGCCGCUCAUAGUUGGUGGCGCCUCAGAAGGGUCAGAUGACAAUGAUUUGGUAUACCGCGGUGACUCGUUCAUCUGCGGCGCUGCCAUACAGGCUGGCGUUCUGACAGACACAUCGGGAGGUUGUGGAGUGGUUAAUCUGGUCGGAGAAAGGACGGCUUAUGGCUCAGCCUCGCAGAAUGGCGUUCCGAGUGUGGGCUUCAAUUCCACGUUCCCCAUGUCAUUUGAUUUCGAGCGGUCUGAGCAAGUUCUGAGCGACUCAGCAAAGUGUCGAGAUCCAAGGUGGGGCCUACUCGCGUUGUCUACCAUCUUUACAGCCCUAUUCUCGCUCUUCACUACACAUCCUGCUCCUUUCUUCGGUUCUAUUUUCGUCAUCACGUUCUGGCAGAUUGCCAUGGCUUCAGAUCCUCCUUCAUACUCAGAUUAUCCCUCUCUGGCUUCUACCGCUUUUUCGAACUUCCUUCCAGCCGCUUUCAUUGCCGUCAUCAUUUACCGCGUCAGUGUUCGCAAGACUCUCAUGCACCUCAACGCGCAAUACGAAAAGACGAUCCUUUGGGUAGGCGCUCUGUGGGUGGGAGCAUUGAACAAUCUGACUCUGGAUAUGAUACCCAUCUCACGUCUGACGGGGCAUGACAUCAAGCAGCAGCCCGGCGCCAUCACAGCACUAGUGAUCAUCAUCUUGAUCCUCAUAGCUCUAGUCCUCUACCAAGCUUGGUGCUUCCGAAUUGAAGGACGGUUGCCGCGAUACUUAGGCAUAUAUGGCAUUCUCGCCUUUUGCUUGCUCAUACUACUGGCAGUACCAUCGCUAGAUUUGCGGAUACACCACUAUAUCCUCGCUCUUUUGCUGCUUCCUGGAACGGCUUUGCAAACCCGUGUUAGUCUGCUUUGUCAGGGUCUCUUAGUCGGGCUCUUCAUCAACGGUGUUGCGCGCUGGGGUUUCGCAUCCAUUCUGCAGACUGCUGCAGCUCUGCGAGGCGACGCGCAAUUGGGAACCGACCUUGUGUCGAUCCUCGACCCCAUUAUCAACGCCACGAAUAUCACAUUUGCUUGGGAAGGUUUGGCGCAAGGGUACGAAGGGGUCAGCGUCUUGGUCAACGACGUUGAGCGCUUUCGUGGCUUUCAUGAAGAUGGCGACAAGAACUUCACCUGGACAAGGAAAGCACUUGAUCAUCCCGAAUACUUUAGAUUUGGGUUUGUGAACUACCAGCCGUUCGGAGGAAUUUCGUACAGCGACUUUACGAAAGCGGGAACCUGGUGGCCAAAUGGCACGUGGGAGGACCCUCCACCAGGCCGUACUUAG